AUGGAGUCUUGGAUAAGGGAAGAGCCUACAUAUGAUGGAAUCGCAAGUCGACUGCCGUCCUUCUUUACCGACACUCCCGGGCAAACGCCGCCGCCCAUCACAUCGUCUUACCCCCAUAGAGAUCCUCGGGCAACGUCGAUCAGCAAACGGGAGAGCUUCAAGACUGGUAUUGAUCCUCCGCGGCCUGCACGAGAGGGCUGUGAAUGGGUAUGGUUCCCCGGAGGCUACUGGGCCGAGCGGGAGCGUGUCGAUACUCCCACCCCCGAGUCCAGCACGAAGACGGGCUUCAGAUGGCGCAAGCGAUCUACACGGAACAACAGCUCGGGUCAGACAGAGAAGAGCGGUAACGGAAGUAUAAUCAGUCCAAGAGCCAUUCCUCAAGCAUCGAGCCCGAUAGACUACAUCAACCGAUCGGACCUGUCAUUGACUAGGCCACCAUUGCUGAGCCCCUAUCUCACUGAGGCCAGCCAUGUCUUCUCCCUUCAGCAGCCGAGUCACAAGGCACGAAACUCAUAUGAGGAGUCAAGGAUCAAUGAUAAUCAAUGGCCAUCGUCACGGGCAUCUACAUUGGCCAGGCACACGGCUACGAAUAGUCCAAUAUCGGCGACCCACGAAUCAGCUAUAUUGGCAGAUUCUGCGGAAUCGGCAACCGCUGCAUCUACAGCUUCAACCUCAUCAGCACCAAAUAAGUUGAAGAAGAGACCAACUUUUCUCCCAUAUAUAUCCACCAAGCCUAUGAAGUCUUUCAUGAGCACUAAAUCAAAGUCCAAAGAGCAUAAAUCCAAGCAACCUUCUCCCAAGGAAGCUGAAGAGUCGACUCCAGCGGCAUCCUCUGCUUUAGCCCAACUAGAAACUGCAAAUCAAGGGCCCUUGUCUCGAGUUGCGGCACUGCUUCAUGACAAGGACGACGCCAACAGCCAACAAAACGGUAACAUGCCACGUCCACGAAAGCUCUUUGGCCGUGCGCCUUGGCAGAGGAAGCUGUCCAGAGAGUCCAACGACAGUGUGUCUAGCUCUAUCCGCGAGAUGAUUCGCGGUCAUACGCCGGACCCUUCGCCAGCUUCAGACCAGACAACAACCAAUAGUGCGACCUCACGUGGUGGCAACGAUGAGCAGUUCCCUGGAAAUGAAGCAACACGCAUCAAAACACCUCCGCUCUAUCAUUCCAAAAAUGGCCGUCCUCCCCGAUCCUUCUUCAUGGAUAUUUCGGCACCCGUAACUCCCCAUGUACUUCCCAAAAAGCCUGUCCUGUCUGUGCCUGGGACCAGAACCCAGAUGAAUAGUCCUAGGUCUCAGUCAGAAUCUAGACCUCGCCAGCGCGAGUGGUGGGAGGUACCAAACGCCGUCCCACGUUGGGAAGACGUCGGCCCAAGAGACUUUGAAUUUGACAUGCCUGAACACCUUCCGACGAGUCCCAUGUGUCCUGCCAACAAGAAGCACAAGAGCGGCGGUACUGGCGUUUGUGUUUACCAUGGACGCAGGAAGAUCAGUGAACCCCUCAGCAUUGGACAAAAUGCGGUUGAAAUAAAGGACCGGACGCCAAGAGGCAGCGGCGGCGCAUCCCAGUAUCAACAGAUACUCGAAGUUCUCAUGGAAACUACCACUAGAUAA